UCUGAUGGGGGUCUAGUCUAAUGAAAGGAGAGCUUUAGCUUUUGUUCUCCACAUGCAGUCAGGAGAAAUCUUUUAUCAGAUCCCCACCUGUGUGCUGCUGGUGGUCCCACGAAUAUUUGCAAACAGUCUCCGUACCGGGUUGAAGUCGAAGGGGAGGUCUUUAUUAUUUUUUUUCGACAGCAGAAACCUAAAAGAGUGGGGUUUUUUUUCGUGCUCAAGUUCAGAAACUGCGUAACUAAAGAGGGACUUCGUAUGUGCUGAUCGAUCCGUGUCGUACACUCUUCGUUGGCAGAAAGUGAAGGGGGAUUUGUUGCGGGACUUGUUGCUUUCUGAUCAAACAUUGCGGACGACGGAAAGGGGGAAGGUCCAGUUGGUUUGCCCGCUGGGCCCCGCAGUUUGCUGUGCAUGAAGGACGCAGCUUCAUGAACACUUGGAUGAGCCAUGAGGUGCAACUACGAAUGGAUUAGUAUCUUGAUUUGUGUUUUUAACUGAUGUUUUAUUGUUGUUGCGUUAAGUACAUGAGUUUUCUGAUUACAAAGAUCCUGACAUUAGAAGAUAGUUCACGAGUUUCGGAUUUUAAAAAGAAAUGUAAGCAGGUGAGGAGAGUUUAAUCUGUGCAGCUCGGUGUGUCCUGGAUUCCUGCCUACCUGAGGAACUUUUUGCCGGUUUUCUUCAUCACUCCGCAAGUCAGAGGUCUCAUCUGAAAACCCGCAGGCAGCACAUGAUGAAGAAGAUGUCAUCCAAACAAACCUGGGCCCUGAUCAUCCUCACUUUAUCCUCCUUAUUCUCCCUGAUCCUGUGCAGCACAACAGCUGACGUCCCGGAGGAGGAAGGCUUCAGUGGUGAGGCAUGGCUCCGUAAGUACGGCUACCUGUCUCAGGCGAGCAGACAGAUGUCCACCAUGCAGUCGGCUCAGUUUCUGUCCAAAGCCAUCGGUGACAUGCAGCGCUUCUACGGCCUCCAGGUGACCGGAGAGAUGGAUUCUGCAACUGUUGCGGCCAUGCGGCGGCCUCGCUGCGGCCUUCCAGACAGAAAAGCCUCAGAGAUUGUAGAAGGUGCGAGGAAGAAGCGCUACACUCUCACUGGACAGCAGUGGAAAAAAGACCACAUCACUUACAGCAUCAUGAAGCAGCAGAUUCCCUCCUCGUUGGGAGAGGAGCGGACGUACGAGGCGAUCCGCAGGGCCUUCGACGUGUGGAGGAGGGUCACUCCGCUCACCUUCGAGGAGUUACCUGCUGAGAACAACAUCAGCAUCAACGGCAGCCAGACAGAGCUGGCAGACAUCCUGUUGUUGUUUGCCUCUGGUUUCCAUGGUGAUAUGUCACUGUUUGAUGGCGAGGCUGGGUCGCUCGCUCACGCCUACUAUCCAGGACCGGGAAUAGGAGGAGAUACUCACUUUGAUGCUGACGAGCCUUGGACCCUGGACAACACAAACCGUGAGGGUGUAGACCUGUUCCUGGUGGCGGUCCAUGAGCUCGGUCACGCGUUGGGUUUGGAGCACUCUGAUAAUCCCAGUGCUAUAAUGGCUCCUUUUUACGAGUGGACUCACACACACAACUUCACGCUACACGAGGAUGACAUCAGAGGAAUACAGCACAUAUACGGUCCUCCUCUCCUCACUGAUGCUCCGCCCACUUCUCCUCCUGCCCCUGACGACAAACCCAACGAUGACUCCCCCACCUCCCCAUCUCCUCCCGAGGAUGAACCCACCUCCAUUUUUCCCGCCAACCCUCCACAUGACCCGACUCAGAGCAGCCCACGUCACCCAGCUCUGCCCGACCCGAGCUCGGGCCCCACCUCAACUCCUGUUCCCCCCGCCGUCACCCCCACUGUCUUCCUGCCUGUCACCCCGCGUGUUAGAAAAGAUGUCCCCCCUCCUCAGCCUCCUCCUCGGCCCCCUGCUCCUCCCAAAGUGCCGGACAACCAAGCCCCCGACAUCUGUGACGGGGACUUUGACACGGUGACAUUGCUGAGGGGGGAGAUGUUUGUUUUCAAGGGUCGCUGGUUCUGGCGCGUGCGGAGGAACCGGGUUUUGGAUAACUACCCGAUGCCGAUAUCCGUCUUCUGGGUUGGCCUGCCGAGCGACAUCGAUGCAGCCUAUGAGCGCCAUGACGGCAAAUUUGUCUUCUUCAAGGAUGAUAGAUACUGGGUGUUCAGAGAGGCGGACGUGCUGCCAGGAUACCCGCAGCCUUUACACGAGUAUGGACAGGGAGUUCCUGCGCACAAGAUUGACACGGCGAUCUGGUGGGAGCCAAACGGACACACAUACUUUUUCUCUGCAGACAGAUACUGGAGGUUCAACGAGGAGACCAGGACUACAGACAGAGACUUUCCCAAACCAAACAGCAGAUGGGGAAGGAUCCCUAACUCACCCAAAGGAGCUUUUCUCAGUGAAGAUGGAGCGUUCACCUAUUUCUACAAAGGCACCAAUUACUGGAGGUUUGACAAUGGCAGGACUGAAGCAGACAAAGGCUACCCUCGCUCCAUCCUGAAGGACUUCAUGGGCUGUGUUGGAGUGCCCGACCCAAAGCCAGACUUAGACCCCGAGCAGGAACCAAAAGACAAACCGGUCAACCCUUCAGACCGAGGCAGAGACGAGCACAAAGAGCCAGACUCGGGCAGGGACAAAGACACAAACACAGAAGAAGAAGACCAUACCUCCAAUCCUGACAGCACAGAGGAGGAGGAGGAGGACGACAGAGACGUGAACGUGGUCGUGACGGUGGCUGAUAAUGAAUCGAAGGUCAUGACCCUGAUCAUGGUGUGCAUUCCUCUUGUGCUCAUCCUGUGUAUUCUCGUCCUCAUCUACGUCAUCCUCAGGACUCUGCAGCACAAGGAGACACCGAGGGCGUUGGUGCACUGCAAACGCUCGCUGCAGGACUGGGUGUGAUUAAGAGGAGAUAGAAGGGGUUUGAUCAGUCAUCUGGUUCAGACUUCUGCUUAAUAUGUUUUACUCGUGGCUCCGUGGAAAGAAGCUUUGACUCGGUACAAAAAGUCGAAGAAAGCAGAGAAUGAGUCACUGUUUUUUUUGCCUCAUUCGAUAUGACACCUUUUAUUGUUCAUGUGAAUUAAUGCAAAAGUGGUAAAGUGGAUGCCUGUGGAGCUACAGUCUGCUGGCCUUCACAUUCCCCCUCCUGUGCCUCCUUCUGUGCCUUCUAACUGUCUGAAAAUGAACUUAUCUUCUUAUUCAAACACAACACUAAAAAACAGGUUUCAGCCAUCCAAUGUACUGUAGAAGACACACAACACUUUAGACCCUUUUAUCACUUCUAAUGGCACAGAUUUAUAUGUUCUAUAAAUGCAGACAAAGUCAGUAAUGCACAUACAUUAUACAGAAGCAGAUGACUGCUUUUGGCUAUGCAAAAACACAUCAAAACCGAAUGCAUUAAUAAGAAAAAGUCUUCCAUAUGUGUGACCACGGUGCCUUAACCAAUCUUGACUUUUUUUCUUCAUUCAUAGCAAAUCAUUUGCACUUUUUUUUUUGUUCUGUUUGUUUGUUGUCUUCAUUUUGCUGAGGUUGCUUCACUGCAGAUUAGUCUGUCUCUGUGUGUGCGUGCGUGUUUGUGCAAAGCAGAACCAUUUAACCUGACUCAGAAGCUCAUCUUCAAACCAGCGCAGGAAUGUUAGACAGCCGUGUGUGUCCAUGACCGCCCGUCUCCCACUGAGCCCAUUAUGUCUGCCCUCUCUUUCUCACACAUAUGCACAAACAUCACAUGAUGAAAGAAAGAAAAAAAAAAACUAGUAACUGCACUCAUUUUUUGCAUGCAUGUGCACAAAUGUGUGCAGUUACUGUUGUCCACAUUUACACACACACACACACACACACACUAAGGCCUAGAGACCACUUACCCAAACAAAGGCACAUAGAGUUUUUGCACAGAGACACUCGGGCUCCAGCCUCCCCUCCUCCCACCACAGACACGGUAACUGUUCAUACUGCAACCCUAAAAACACAAUCCCAGAGGAGACGUAUUGAAAUACAGCUGGUGCCAAAGCGAACGUGAAAUACAAGAGUCUGGGGAUUUAUUAACAUGAAAACGAGAAGAUUUAAAAAUGGUUGUGGUAUAUGUACAAACUCUAUCCAUGUCAACCUGGCCUGUGAAGAGGAAACCCUUUGUGGUGUCUGUAUCGUCUGUACCUCCUCUGCUAGUUUCAUGCUAUAGCUUAAUUCACUUAAAGCUUAUUGUAAUGUAAUGGACAUGGGAGAAGCCCUCAGGCUAGAGAGGAAUGGGUCAGGGUCUGGUUUCCAUUAAGCCCACAUGCUGCUGAUUUAGUACCGUCAGGCAUGGAGAGGGGGGAGGGAGAGAUGGGAUUUAGGGAAAAAAAUGCAAGUAAAAGGAAAAAAAAUAAAGUAUAAAAAGUGGUGGUGGGGCUUAAGAAGAAAUGAGAGAGAAACAGAUGAUGAGGGAAAGAAAAGGAGGGUGGGCUUGGCCUGCAUUCCCCUUACAGUUUUCUCAGAGAGAGGAGGAGCAAGAGAAGGAAAUAGGGGAGGAAUUAGUCCGGGGAGGGGCAGCGCUGGCGUUGCGCCUCCUGACCUAGAUCGAGUCCACUCCUCCUUUUCAAGUCGUCUUGUUUUUGCUCUGCUUGUUAUCCUGAGCUGGAGAUGACUUCCUCUGUCUCCUCUCUUCCUUGUUUCCUAUUAUUCCGCUCUGUUUAUUUCUCUACUUUUGCUCUCUUAUUUUUGUUUCAAAGCUGUACUUUGCUCCAGUCCUGUUGUAUUCAAAAUGUAUUCAUCUCCUCUCUACGUUUCUUUAAAGUGAACUCAAGCACUAUAAUGUACCUAAUGCACAGAAACAUCUGCAGAAAGUGACUCAGUGUCCUUGUGUGUCCUUUGAGCUCGCUCAGUCUGUGUCUGCAUCACCCUUUCUUUGAGUUUGUUUCUUCACAUUGUUGCCUUCACUUUUCAUUGUGCCUUUUUUUCUGUAAAUAAUAGGGGGCAUUUUUUUAAAACUAUAAAUAGCAUGAGGGAAAGUUUUCAUUUUUUUCUUGUAUUAUUUUUUUUGUCAUUUGUAGUUUUGUACAUUUUGUUUCUGUCGAGGUUUCUAUAACAAAAAGCAGUAGAUUUUUAUGACAAUGUUGAUGCAUGCAGGGCAUGUUCUGUAAGGCCUGUGCACUCCUGUGUAGAGUACAUAAAAAAAACACAAUAAAACUCACAGGUUAAAGCAA